AUGAUAGCUAUUGGAGCAAGAUAUCAUGCCAAGUGUUUGGUAAGCUUGUACAACAAGGUAUCCAGAGUAAAUAAGUGUGAGCAAACUGAGGGACCUGAUGCUCAUCUCCAUGGUAUUGCAUUGGCAGAACUUGUUGCUUACAUUGAAGAUUUCCUCAAGGAAGCAGAUGCAUCUCCUGUCUUCAAAUUAUCGCAUCUUGUUGCCUUAUACCAAGAGCGACUUGAACAGUUGGGUGCAUCAAGUGGCACAAAAGUCCACAGUAGCAGGCUGAAAAAUCGCCUACUGGCAGUCAUUCCUCAUCUCACAGCUCACACAGAGGGUCGUGAUGUUCUCUUGACAAGUGACCAUUUUCUUGGUGCUGCUUUGAAGAAGGCAUGUGACUGUGACAAUGAUGCCAUGUACUUGGCCAAAGCCGCAUCAGUUGUACGUCGUGAAAUGUUCACGAAUCAACUAUUGUUCACUGGAUCAUUUCAAAGAGGAAGUCAGCAAAAUUCUGUUCCUCCCUCUUUAUUGGCUUUGGUGAGAAUGAUACAGGAAGGGCCCAAUAUUGAGCAACAGUCAAAACUGGCAUCUGGUAACUCCUCAAGAACACCGUCUGCCUUAUCAAUAUCCCAACUUUUGAUGUUUAACAGUGUCAGAAGAGCACCAAAACCUCAAGAGAAAACAGACGUCAACUUGCGCCAUAGACGGGAGAGGGAAACACCCUUGACAUUGUACAUCGCAUUAAAGUUGCAUGGUGAAACAAGAAAAAGAAACCUAGUGGACACAUUCUACAGUUUGGGAAUGUGUGUUUCCUAUGACAGGCUUCUGCAGCUUUCAUCAGACUUGGCAAAUGGAGUUUGCAAGCAAUUUGAAGCCGAUAACGUUGUGUGCCCACCCAAAAUGCGUCAUGGACUUUUCACCACAGCAGCAGUUGAUAAUAUUGACCAUAAUCCUAGCUCCAUGACAGCUCAAGAUUCGUUCCACGGCACAGGCAUUUCUCUCAUGCAGCAUCCAUCACAUGCCUAUACUGGCGUUGACCGUAGUCUUCUUCUGAUCAGCAAAGAAACCACAAGCACUACCAAAGCAGUUGUCUCCCUACCAACCUUCUACUCGUCUGUACCACCAGCUGCUUUGAAGACAAAGGAAUUCAUUGCACCAGAAGUUGCUGGGUACGAGUAUGUACGGUCCGAUCACCUUCAGGCAGUGAAUAAGGCAACUUCAGACGAAAAACAGUGGAUGGAAACGGUACAAAGAGCCUUGACGAAAGGUGUUGAUGGUGAUACACCAUGGCUAUCAUGGGCAGCGUACCAUGCAAGCAGACAGCAAGAAUUAACCCCCCCCCCCCCUCCAGCAAUCAACGCCUUAAUGCCACUCUUCCCAGAUAGCGCCCAUUCUGUUGGGAUGAUCAAGCAUUCAAUGAAUGUUGUUAGUGCUGCUGUUCGGCAUCUAAACCCAGGCCAAGUACCCAUUCUUACGGCAGAUCAACCUUUGUUUGUCCUUGCCAAGCAAGUGCAGUGGUCCUGGCCUACAACGCAUGGAGAGGACUCCAUUGUUAUGAUGCUGGGAGGUCUCCAUAUUGAGAUGGCAAUCCUCAAGCUCAUUGGAGAGUGGCUGGAAGAUAGCGGUUGGACGAAUGCCUUGACAGACGCUAAUAUUGCAAGCUCUGGCACAUCGGAUUCUUUCAUUCGGGCACACCACGUCACAUCAAGUUACUGCAGCAAGUCUACAUGCACUCCUCAAUGA